AUCACACGUAUAAAUUCUCACAAAGUUUUUCUAUUUUUUUUCUUUUUCCUUUAACAAUGACUACAGCCGGUUUAAUUUCCCCCGAAAUUUCGCCCACAUGCAAGAACUCUAUUUUACCCAUGAAUGAUGUGCUUGGAGGAGAAACGUUUAAAUUCCAAGAUAAAUUACCUAAAUUACCUAUUCCUGAACUAAAAGACACUGCUCAAAAAUACCUUACUGCAUUAAAGCCUUUACAGUCAGCAGAAGAGCACGAACAAACAAAAAUAGCAGUUCAAGAAUUCCUUCAACAAGAAGGUUCUGCACUUCAAGCCAAGCUCCAGACUUAUGCAACUGACAAAUCAUCGUAUAUUGAAGAAUUCUGGUAUGAUUCUUACCUUCAACACACAGACCCCGUCGUGCUCAACUUGAACCCUUUUUUCUUGCUCGAAGAUGAUCCUACACCUUUGCGUAACGACCCUAUUGUCCGUGCUUCUUCUCUAAUCUAUUCCACUGUUAAUUUUAUCGAAGCCCUGCGCAACAAAACUUUGGAGCCUGAUGUUUUUCGUGGCACACCUUUAUGUAUGUCUCAGUUCAAUCGAUUGUUCAGUACAGCCCGUGUGCCUACACAGAACGGUUGUUAUAUGGCUCCUGCUGGCGAUGCACGACACGUUGUCGUCUUGGCCCGGUCUCAAUUCUAUCACUUUGAUGUGUUUGAUGAACAAAACAACAAUAUCCUAACUGAAAAAGACAUUGCUGCCAACUUAAAAGCCAUUAUGAAAGAUGCAGUGGCUACACCUGUGGAAUCUGUGGCUCAACAUGCAAUUGGUGUCCUGACGACUGAGAAUCGAUUGAAUUGGGCCAGAUUAAGACAAGAGUUGAAUUCGGAUCAGACAAAUGCAGAUAAUCUAAGGGUAGUUGAUACUGCUCUGUUUAUUGUAUGCCUUGAUCAUGAAGAACCUGCAGAUACGAAUGAGUUGAGUACAAAUAUGUUGUGCGGUACUUAUCGACUUGUCAAUGGUAUGCAAGUAGGAACAUGUACUAAUCGCUGGUAUGAUAAACUUCAGAUUAUUGUAUGUAAAAAUGGCAGUGCUGGUAUAAAUUUUGAGCAUACCGGCGUCGAUGGUCAUACUGUACUUCGGUUCGUAUCUGAUAUUUACACAGAAACUAUUCUUCGUUUUGCAAAGACAAUCAAUAGCCAGACCAAAUCUAUCUUCCACUCUUAUAAGCGAGAAUCAGUGGCUUGUAAUCAACAAUCGAUUGAUAUCAAUCCUCGCAAGAUUGAAUGGCAUCUGACUGAACCUCUUCACUUGGGGAUUCAGUUUGCAGAGACUCGAUUGAGUGAUUUGAUCUUACAGAAUGAAGUCAAAGUAUUAGAAUACAACAAGUAUGGCAAAUAUUUUAUUACCGACAUGAAAAUGAGCCCCGAUGCUUUUGUGCAGAUGGCAUUUCAAGCUGCUUAUUAUGGCCUAUAUGGUAAAUGUGAAUGUACCUAUGAGCCUGCCAUGACCAAAGCCUUUUUACAUGGUCGCACAGAAGCCAUUCGCAGUGUGUCUGAUGCCUCUGUUCAGUUUGUCAAGACUUAUUAUUCAAAAACUGCUUCUAGUCAUGAGAAAUUAGAAUCCCUAAGAGCUGCUCUCAAGUACCAUACAAAACUAACAAAAGAAUGCUCAUUGGGUCUGGGCCAAGAUAGACACUUGUAUGCUCUUGACUGUUUAUGGGAUCGUCUAUAUUCAGAUCAAAAGAAGCCUCGUAUCUUUACAGACAGUGGAUGGAAGACAUUAAGUCAUACAGUCAUUAGUACAUCCAACUGUGGUAAUUCCGCACUUCGACUAUUUGGUUUUGGCCCUGUUGUUUCAAAUGGUUUCGGUAUUGGUUAUAUUAUUAAAGAAGAUGGUAUUGCUUUUGUAGCCUCCUCAAAGCAUAGACAAACACAACGUUAUUUAGACACACUCAAGACAUACUUGAAUGAUAUUCAAUCCUUAUUGAUCAAAGAAAAGUACCCAACAGGCAUUUCUCAUCGUCAACGUGUGUUGGAACUACAAGAACAACAACUUCAGAACAAUGUAAAUGGCUAUAGUUACUUUGAUAAUGGUGACAGUAGUGAGUCAGAUGUAUCUAGUCUAAGCAGUGCUUCUACACUGCGUAAGAAAGUGGGUAAGCGACUUGUUUUGCAUGAAACAGAUGAAUAAACAAAAAAAAAUGUUAUUUAUUGUGACCCAUUGAUGCAUGUCGCUUUGUUUCUUUGGUUACUUUUAUGUCUUUUUAAAGCAUCCAAU